AUGAACAUCGUCACCUCCUACUUUCUCGUUCGCAAGCUGCCAGGCACCCUUGCCAUCGGCGGAGACGUCCUGGAGCAUCAGAACGCCCGCCAGCGCGAGUACUUGGAGUGUCUUCGACUCAAUCAGCAGCAUCCCGGCGUCGCGUCCAUCCACCUCAUCGUUGAAGGGGUCGACGCCUACGAGCACCUGCUGAAGCACGUUCUCUGCAACCCUCACUUCCAAAAUGCAUCGACGCCGACAACGUCCACGACGCCGGCAAGCGCACCGCACCGCAGACGCCAUGCCGUUCCUAUCGUGCCUGUGGUGCACUUUGCCAGCGGCAUGCCCUUGUACGCCGACCUCUUCGCCUACGCCAACCAGCUCCUCUCGCACCGCCUCACGAUGGUGUGCAACGCGGAUGUGUAUCUCUCCCCUGAGCACUUUUCGCUGUCAGCGGUAGGGGACCUCUUUCGCCAAUCCCGCACUCUACCUCCUCCCCGCGCAGCGCGUCGCGGAGAGUGCCAGACGUUGACUACGGACAUAGCGGAAGGGGAGGCGAUGCAGUCCAAGUCUGCGCCGAAGCGAGCGAACCCUUUGGCGCUGGCGCUCACCCGCUACGAGAGCGAUAACCCUCUCGACGCCCCAUUCGUGUAUGAGUACCGUGGCUCUCACGACGCCUUCGUGUUUGUGCCGCCGGUGCCGCCGUCGCUUGUGCGCAGUGUCGCCCAUCCACAGAACUGCUACAAAGCCGAAAACAUCGUCUUGCACGAGCUUCAGCAAAGUGGGUACCUGACACUGAACCCGACCUUGGGAGAUGGCGUGCGCCUUGUUCACCGCCACGCCACCGAUCUCCGGCAGUGGUUUCCGCCGGUGGACGAGUCGCGGUACGGUCGUGCACAGCCGAGCACUUUGGCACAGGCGGCAUCGCGCAUCCGUGAAGAAGCACGCGUGCGGUCGCCGCCGCCUUCUGUAUAA